AUGUUCGACCGAUUCAAGAACAAGUUUCACCGCAGGCACAAGAAGAAUCGACAAGAGGUCAAAUCCACACUAGCAAAGCUAGAGCAAGCAGACAACGUAAAAUUUCGACCUGUGGCAGCUCCUUCCGCACAGCCAGCUGCCACUGCUAAGCUACCACCUGUGGAGAGGAGCGAGUCACUGGUCGAUGAAGAGCCAGCUAAGAAGCCAGAUGCCCCAAAGUAUUUGUGGGUGGAGGCCCUCAGCUCCCUCUCUGAAUCCAAACAGGAAACACUCAAGAAUAUGGGAUUCAACCUGUCCAACGCACAACCUGGAUCUGUCGAGUCCAGCAUUGACAAUCUGGUCGGUGUGGUCAACCAGAGACAGGAAGAGUGCGAGAAGAAGUUUUGGAAAGUCAAUGUCGGCGAUGAAGAAAUUGUCCUAAGGAACUAUACAAAUAGGAUUGUGGACUGGUUGAAAAAGGCUGGAGAUAUAGCUGUUCAAUUUGCCCCACCUCAAGCAGGUAUCCCUUGGGCUGUCAUCAAAUCGGUCAUGCAGAUUCCGGUCAUCGAAGGCGAGCAAAUGGCUGCGUUGCUUGCAACCACAGAAAAGAUCGUCCGCGUGAUCAGUCGUGGCCAAGUUUAUGAGUCGGUCUACCUCAGGAACAGACCCGCUACGGAUAGCAUCUCAAAGAAUCUUCAAUCGGCACUAACCACAAUCUAUACUACAUCGUUGGAUCUACUUGCUGAAUCGGGAAUUCUGUUCUCCAAAAGCACUGCUACACGCACGCUUCAAGCACUCCUCAAUCCGGGCAAGGUUUCUGGCAGUAUCUCGGCUAUAAGCGAGCAAGAAGAUGAUCUACUACGUGACGUCUCUGCAUGUGAAGUGAGACGCAGUGCGAAUGCAGAUGACAGCAUGAUUGAAAUGCUGAAUGCCUUCAAUACCCCGAUGAAGCGGGUAGAUGAGAACAUUCAACAUCUCCUUCAAAAGAUGGAUGAAGAAAAGCGGAUCGAGAUGUUGGAAUGGAUCUCUUCUAUUCCGUUUGGCAAAAAUCAUAACAACGUGAAAGAAAAGAGGACACCCGGGACGGGUGAGUGGUUAUUACAACAUGAGGACUUUGCCAACUGGGAGGAAAGCGACUCGUCUAUCUUCUGGCUCCAGGGCUCUCCCGGUACCGGAAAGACCUUCCUCACAUCAACCGUCGUCGACCGAAUCCAGGACCAACUAAGCGACACAUCUAAGAAUGAAGGCUUCGCAUUUUUCUACUGCGAUAAGAACGAACCGCGACGUGCACAGUCACUAUCGAUCCUUCAAAGUAUCGUGCGUCAGCUCUCAACUACCGCGAAUAAUCCCGAAUCCACACAAACAAAGCUUUGUGAAUUAUACAAUAAAUGUCGCAGUGCCGGGUCAGCCUUCAGCCUAGGGCAGUGCAAUGAGCAGAUCCAUGCCUCGCUGGAUAUUUACGAGAAAACCACGAUCGUGAUUGAUGCCAUGGACGAAUGUAAUCCAGAUUCCCGCGACGAGCUUAUUGAAGCCUUGAAUUCCUUUGUUUCUCAAUCCAACAAACGGCAAGUAAAAGUUUUCGUUUCAAGCCGACCUGACCCCGACAUUGAGGUCCAAUUGCAAAACGCCCUAAAUACCGGCAUCAACGCGAGUGACAACAAAGGCGACAUUAGAGAAUAUCUCAAUGUCGAGUUAGACAAGCUUGCUAGGAAGACCCCUUUCAUCGGACGCUUGAAAGCGAAGAUUGUCGAUACACUACUCGAGCGUUGCCAAGGAAUGUUUCAAUGGGCGGCUCUGCAAGCACACCAAAUCCAGAAGUGCAAGACUGAGUCUAGUGUAUGGAAACGACUUGAAAAUCUUCCGGACGGUAUUCAAAAGGCAUAUGACGAGGCAUGGAGUCAAAUUGAAGACCUAGAGGAGCCUGAUCAAAUCCUCACAAGCCGCGCUAUGCUGUGGGUUAUGGCUGCUGAACGACCGCUCUCCUCAUCCCAGCUUAUCUGCGCUGUUCGCGUGAACACAAAGGGGGAGCUACCUACAUUGGCCGAUGAAAUUGACGAGCAAGGCCUGCUGUCACUCUGUAACAAUCUCCUCACAAUUGACUCUCAGCAAAAGGUGUGGCGGUUUGCACAUCUAUCGGUUCGCGAAUACCUAGAAACCAAGAUGCAAUGGACCCUUCCACGAGCUAAUUUCCACGCUGCUAGUGCCUGUCUCUCAUGGUUCAUCACAAUGUACGACAAAGACGAUAGCAAUGAAAUUGAUUUGUCAGAUUGGGAGGGACAACCAGAGCCAGCUGAUAUCUUCCAUCUCAUGCACCCAUUCCAUCUAUACAUGAGGCAUCACUGGGCAAAGCAUGUUCAGGGGGCGCAGGAUGACGAAGAAGCUACGUUGUCCUCCCUUUUGAAGAUCUUCCUCGGAUCUCCCCAGGAAAGCAGCAAGCAAUACCAGAAAUGGUAUGAAGUGAUGGCGAACGAUUUGGAAAACAUUGUUUUGGUCACCGAUCUUCAAGGCACGGAUGUAUACAACUUUUACCUCCUGGCAGGCGGCUUUGAUGAAGCAGAAUUCGACACAUGCGACUUUAACCAGGCACAACAUCCGGAGUAUGGCGAGUUUGAAAGCGAGUUAGGGCCAUCAGAUGCUGCCAUUUAUGCGAUGUGUCAUCUUUCAUUUGCUGCCAUCCUGUCAGACUGGUGGCAAAAUGCAGAAUUCGAUGUUUCGCGCGUAAAUGAAAGAGGCCAUAAUCUUCUCACGCUUGCUGCUCGAGUUGACUGUACAUCAAUUUGCAAAACACUCGUCGAAAAAGGUGCAGAUUUGAACCAGAAAGUUGAGGGUCAAGAUUACGGUAGUGCCCUUCAUGCAGCAGCUCACCAGGGACACACUGAAACGGUGAAAUAUCUGCUCGAAGCAGGUGCAGAUGUGAACAUGACAGUGGAAAACGGAAAACAUGGGAGUGCUCUUGUUGCAGCGCUUGCCUCUGAGAAAGUCGAUACUGCCAAAUUCCUGAUCCAAAAGGCGGGUGCGGAUGUGAAUCAGACCCACACCCUUAAGGAGGAGGAAGAGGACGAAGAUCUAGAGCCGGUCGUGGUUCUGACUCCAAUUGCAUUAGCAGCCAAAAUUAAGGGCACCGAGCUUCUCAAGAUCCUAGUGGAUGCUGGAGCAAACAUGAAUGUGUCAAAACAGUCUGGAAAUGCCCUUUCUGUAGCAAUCAGAUUCCACAACUUUGAGGGUGCCAAGUACCUGAUUCAAAAGGCAAAGGCCGAUGUGAACUUGCCAAUCUUGGAGGCUAGCUUCUGUACUCUCCUGGAACGAGCAUCAACCGACAGCAGAAAUUUGGAAAUUGUCAAAUGUUUAGUUGAAGCAGGUGCCGAGGUGAAUCCAUCAGAAUGCGGAGAGCAUGGCACGCCUCUCGCAGCAGCAGCAUAUGGAACCAACAAUGCAAACAAGGCAAGCUCGAUUGAAAUUGUAAAGUAUCUUGUCAAUGCAGGGGCAGAUAUUCAUAAAGGGGAUGACAAGAGAAGCCCUGUCUCUCUGGCAGUACUUGGUCAGGAUAUCAAGGUUCUCGAAUACCUGGUUGAAGUAGGUGCAGAGUUGAAUGUGCCAGAGGAAUUCGAGCAAUCAAUCAGAUCCGGAUUCCUCGAGGGUGUCAAGUACCUGAUCCAGAAGGGUGCCGACGCCAAUAAGCCACUUGCCGAGGGAGACCAUGGUACUGUCCUCGAAUAUACAGCAGCACAGGACAGAACCCUUGACAUUACCAAAGCACUGGUAGGUGCAGGAGCAGAUGUGAAUUUGCUAUCACAGAACGGAGUAUAUGGUAGUCCUCUCGCAGCAGCUGUUGCAUCAUACCUAGGUGGUGAUGUCAACACAGUCAAGUACCUGAUCCAAAAGGGCGCUGAUGUCAACUUGUCAUUGCCACAUGGAAAAUAUGGCAAUACCCUUACAGCAGCAGUGGCAGAUGGUUGCGACGUCGAGGUAGUCGAGUGUCUCAUUGAGGCAGGAGCAGAUGUGAAUGCGUUGCCACAGCGUGGGAACUAUGGCAGUGCUCUUGUAGCAGCCGUGGUAUCCGGGGACAGCACCGAAGCUGUCAAGGUCCUGGUGCGUGCGGGAGCAAACGUGAACUUGCCAAUCAAGUAUGAAAAUUGUGGUAGUCCUCUCGCGGUUGCAGCAAACAAGGGAGAUCUUGAGGUCGUCCAGUUCCUGGUCGAAGCAGGGGCUGACAUCAAUAUGCCACUCGAAAAUGGAAAAUACCGUAAUGCGCUCGCAGCCGCGAAGGCGCAAGAGGAGGACGAAGAGGUGGUAAAACUUCUUGAACGCGGGGCAACAAUUUGA